AUGAGCAGUAUCGAGCACUUGCUGGUCGAGAGCGACGAUGACGACAACGAGGACUUGGGGGACUUGGGGGAACUCGAUCUCUCGGCCAUUACGCUGGAGGAGAUUCUGCGCGAAGAAGAAGCGGCUUCGAAGUCACUGGAAGACGGACAGGAUCAUUGCGACACUUUGCAGGAGGGCGACGACCUUUUCUUCGCCCCUGCCACGUUCACGCUUCACAUUGAGCCUGGACCGGGGAUGGACGUGAUUCCAGUGCGUCGGGCAGCGGCGCCUGCAGCGUCGAUAAAGACGGAGACGCAAUUCCGGACGCCACUGGAGAUCGCCGAAGCGAGAGAGAAGCAGUUGCUGAGCUGCAUUGGAGUGGAGCUCAUCUCGCCGUUGCAAGUGAAGCGACGGCUGCGGGCUCAUGCUCGGUCCAAAGCUCUGCAGUCGAGGCGACAGGGACUUGUGGCCAGAAAGAAGAAUGAGAAAAACAAGCGGAUUGCGAAAGGCGCGGGAGUCGCGAUGACGACGGCCGAGAAAAAGUCUACGGGCGUUGUAAAGGUCGAGCCGAUGGAGGCCAUUAGUCGACAGCUCCGGAAGAAUAUUGAGUUCAAAGAGUAUGGUCCCGGGUCACCCACGGUCGUGGCAAUCCACUCCAAGUUCAUUGCCAUUGGCACGUCCAAGGGACUUGUCGUUAUCUUUGAUCAUUUCCAGAACAUUCGACAAGUGCUGGGGAAUACGAAUGACGCGGAUGGAGAUGGACCUGUCACCGCAGUGGAUGUGUCCCCUGGUAGUGACUACUUGGUUUGUGGCUUCCAGAGCGGGCGCAUUGUGCUCUGGGACAUGAUCAAGGGCACGUCGCUGAAGGCAGUGUCGGAUGCGCACGAGAACCCGGUCGUGAGUCUGCGGUUUUUAAAAGACCAAAAACCAGUACUUGUCUCCGUAGACACCAAUGGGUUGGUGAAUAAGCUGAAUUUUUCAAAAAUGAUGGGAAUGGUUUACGUGGUGGAUGUGGACCCGCUAUACGAUGGUUCGGCAGGCAAGAUCUUGUCGAUAUCCGUGCUGCCGCAGUCUGCUGGUAACGCAAAGAUCUCGUACCUUACCGAUCAGUAUUGCCUUGCUGCACUAAGCACAGAGACCGUGACAUUUAUUAUUGCUAUCGAACCUGAAGUCCGCGUGAUAUACCGCUGGGCACGACCUGACGACAUUACGGCUGACGACCCGGUGCUGCCAACGUUGGCGUUCGCAUGGAUAUCUUUUCCUGGUAGCUCUCGAGCACUGGCACCUGUGCUUGCACGUGGCUGGGGCAACCGCGUGCAGUUUUUGGAGGUGGUUUUUCCAGGUGGCAAGAAACAUUUACAUGCGCGCCACGGUUUUCCUACCUUUGACGAGCAUGACCAGAUUGAAUCGUCGAGUGCUGUGAUGGCGGUACAGUGGCUCGGCGACCAAGUUGUGGUGUAUUUGAAUUCACAUGACGAAAUUUGCGUCUACGAUGUGAUGUCUCGCCAGGAGCUUGAGAUCGUGGACGUUUCAUCGUUGGAAUUGGUGUUUGCAUCAUACCGCGGCAAGAAUGCUCGCAGUUUUUCGAAUAGUUUCCGAGGCUGCUAUAACAUCUUAUACCUCCUUGGUCUGAAGGAGUUACAAACAGCUCGCGUGCUGCCGUGGACACAGCGUAUUGAUUUGCUCGUGGACGAUGGCGAGUGGCUGGAGGCGCUAGCACUGGCGCUGGAUCACUACGAGGGACUCAAGACCGCUGCGGCUGAUCGUGCUGCGAGAGAUCGGUUUCCGCCUGUGUUUUUCCGCGACAAGCAGAAUGAUCAGUGCCUUGUCGAUAUCUUGCACAUGUGUCAGACGAAUCAGCGCACGGGCGAAAAAGAGGAUGUGUUUCGACAUGAAGAAAGUGCCGAUGAAGUACGUUGGGUGUGUGGUGAGGUGCCGUAUCCGCCUGACAUUGCUAAGAAACUUGAAGAAACACUGCAAAAGGCGCGCAGCGGCGAGGUGACGAAGAAUUUCGUUCCUAUCAGUGUGGCAGAGCGUGUGGCAGACCUGCUCAUGGAAUAUGUGCGUCUUGCUAUCGCCAACGCACCGGGUUCCACAGCUGCUGCUGGAGGUGAACUGAGUCUGAACAAGAUUGGAAUGAAGCUAGAUCUGGCGAAGAGUCAUUACCAAAUGUUGGCGGGUGUGUGCAUCGAGUACUGCGCUCUUAUCGGCCGCACCGAUCUACUUUUCGGCGAGAUAUACACGCGUUUCAAGGACGCGAACAAGCUGAGUGUGUUUAUCGAGCUAUUGGAGCCGUACAUUCUCUCCGAGAAACUGAGAAACGUGUCUCCUGUGGCUAUGGAGGAGUUUGUCAGACAAUUUGGUGCUCAGGGCAAGCUUGCUCAAGUCGAACAGUGCCUACUUCACUUGAACGUGGCUGAACUGGAUCUGGAUACAAUCUUGAAGCUUUGCCACGACCAUGAGCUGUAUUCGGCUCUUAUUUACAUUUACAAUGAAGGACUAGACGAUUAUACGACGCCAAUCGAUGUGUUGUUGGAGGCUUGCUCCGAUGCGAAAGCGUCAAUGCCAAGUCCGGCAUCGGAACCAGCGUCAAGAGCCACUCGAGCACCAUCCGGGAAUCGAGUAAACAAUUUGGCAUCAGCCUUUGGUGGUACAACGCGUACAGUUACUUCUAAAGUCUCAAUCGCAAAGCCGGCGGCAUUGUCAGCGCGGGAAAAAGCCGAAGAGUUGGCACUUAGUGGUCCGCGCCGCCGGCGCUUGUUCGGGUACAAGCUGCUGCUGUAUAUUUCGUACGCGUUGAGUGGUCGCACAUUCCCGAAACACGAGCAAAUCUCGCCUUUGAAGUUGGGCAGGGUGCGCUCGCAAAUCUGUUUCCACUUGUUUGAAAAGACAGUGGCAGGGUCGUCAAAGUCACGACCGUAUCCACGCCUGGAAGCGCUUAUCGAUCUCGAUGCUCGCGAGCUUUUCAACAUUAUGGGGCGUAUGUUUGACACUACCAGCGUUGAAUUCGAAGGCGAGAAUAAGGACAUAUCGGGCCACCCUACAAGCCGGUACGACUCGGCUCGAAAUGCCGAGAUGACCAAGUGCCCGAGCCGUGUGUCGAUCGUGCUUUCGCUUGCGGAGGUCAUCUUUGGGCCAAAUAGUCCGUUUAGCUCUGUUGAGCAUGCCCAUUUCUUUAUGUUCGAGGCUCGACUUCUCAGUGGCGGUUCUAUUGAGCCGCAAGAAUAUGCUGACGCACGUGCCCAGGCCAUUGGUGAUGCUGGCUCUGCUGGCGGUGCAUCGAUGAUGGAUUCACUGAUGAACUUCCUGGCUCUCGGUCCAGCAUCGCUGCUUUCCAAAGGCUCUUCGGCAGUCACACUAGAAACUUCGCAAGAGGAGGGUUUUGACAAGACUGGCCGCGAGGCAAUGCUCGUACGUCUACUGACGAAGCUAAGCAAGGCAACGUAUAACCACAAUGCGUUGUUGGCAAGUGUCAUUCGGGAGAAGAUGAACCGCGCUGCUGUGUUGCUGUACAAGGAUAAGGGUGAUUUUAGCCAGGCAAUUGCGUCCUAUUUGGCUGAUGAAGAUCAGGAAUACCGAAUGAACGCUUUCAGCUAUAUCCGGACGGAGACCGACAAGGCAGUGGGGGGCGAAGAGAUGGAAACUCGCGACAGUAAUGGCAGUGAACCUACCCGCCGCCGUCAGAAGUUCAUUGAAGACGCCAUGCUUAGUCAUGCCCCUGCACUCAUGAAAACAGAUGGCUACGCGUUUGUGACACUGAUUUUGGGUCAGUUUCCCAACUUAAACAACAAGGUCAUCCAAAAGUUCUUGUCGAUGGGCAAGGAGGGCGCAAAGCUCGAGUUUCUGUACCUCAAGCAAGUACUUAUGGCUGCACCAACUACCAGUGGCACCACUGCAAGUGACGAAGCCGACGUCGUAAAGGAUCUCUUGGAUCGCUCGAAACUGCGCAUUGCCGAUGACCCUGCUGUGCAAGAGCGUUUCGUGCGUCUUUUGUGCGAGUUCGAGCCUGCUGGCGUGUUUCCAUAUCUCGAAUCGCACGAUAGCUACAAGGUGGAUGCGUGCUUGCGUCUUUGCAAGGAGUUUGCCAUCACAGACGCCGAAGCGUAUUUGCUCGAAAGAACGGGCGACGUAACUGGGGCACUCACGCUCAUUCUGCAAAGUUUGGAACAAAAGCUAAAGAUCCUGAAGCCUGCUCUGCGUGGUUACAAUGUCUCCGCCGUGUCUUCGUCGUCUGCAGGAACGUCUGACAUGUUAUCAGGCGCUGCAGCUGGCUCGAGCAGCUCCAGUGGUACGCGACAAUUGUCGUCGGACCGCAUCGUUGACAGUGUGCAGGAAGGCAAGGACGCUUUGAAAACACUGGAAGUGGCCUUGACCAUGUGUCAGCGAAAUUCGUUGAGAAAUCGUGACGAGCAGGCGGAGAAGCUUUGGUUUACGCUGCUGGACAAGCUGCUGCGUAUUCAGAAUUCUGUGAAGCGCAGCCUCAGUUCCAAGUCUACGUCUCGUAACGCACCUGUCACUCGGACGCACAGCAGCGGUGCGAACGGCGGGGCUAUGACUGCAUUCCAAGUGGCGCUGAACGAAAUGAUUCGUUUUAUCCUUGAGCGUAUGGCGUCGUCAGUGUCACUGAAGUCGAUUCUCUUCAAGAUUACGAACGAACACGGACGUGGCGCCUUUGGCGAUUUCCGGCCCACAAUCUUUGGUAUGCUGGACACGUACAACUACGAGCAGAAUAUCUAUCAGACAGCGAAUGCGCUCAUUAGCGUGGAUCUUUUCGAUCAGAUCGUGACGCUGAAGCGCUCCAAGUCUCGCUGUUAUGCGCCGCCAUCGAAUAUGUGCGGUUACUGCCACGUCGCACUCUCCAAACCGCCCUUUGGAAUGGGCCAAUCUGGAGCCCUCGGCACGGAGAAGUGGCACUUGCACACGUCGAUGGUACUAGUUAUGUCAGGCCAAACUUUCCACGAGUCCUGUGGUAAGGCAUGGCAGCAGGGCGUGGACGUCAAGACGCCAGCUGUACGUGGAGCUUCGCCGGCGAAACUCACGCGGAACAACAGCUCAGCAAGUAGCGCGACUGGCGAUGGAUUGGCAGAAGACGAAGCUGGCAGUCGCCUUCAGCGCAAGCAGCCGAGUACGAGGCGCUAUCUGGCUCGGCUGAAGACCCAGCGCCGUGCUUCACGACGACGGGUAUCGCCACACGUUGUGCUAGAGAGUCUCAUUCGUGAGGACAACGGACGUAACAAAUACCUCAAGAGCUCGCGCGCAGUAUUCUCGCUGCGCCCGGAUCCAGAGGUUGCUGCUAGCAAGGUCAAAAAGCGCCUGGGAGUGCGCAAACCCGGUUCACUUCCCAUGGUGCCCAUCCAGAAGGGCAGUAUCUAG